AUGAUCACCCGCGAUUCUGUCGAGGGGCCGCUUCCGUCUUUCGACUUGUUGGAGUUGCGGUGGGUGUUAGAUCGGAUUGCCCGGCUUGCCGGGACUGAAGAAGAAUUUGGCCACGAGGACUGGGAGGAUAAGAGUGAGGAUUUCAAUUCGAAUACGGAUGUAGAGAGGAAGGAAGCUGAUGCUGCUGUAACGCCUCUACCACGAAAGAUUGAUAACGCGGCAUAA